CAACAUCUUUGUUGUGGUGCUGAGGAUCGAACCCGGGCCACACGCAUGCCAGGCAAGCACGCUACCGCCUGAGCCACAUCCCCAGCCCGAAACUUUGUAUUUUAAGAAAAGUUCAGACUUCCGGAAGAGCCAUGUGAGCGUUCCUGUGCACCCUCUGCCUGCCUCAACGUUGACAUUUUACUUGGUCUCAGUGUGACUGUCUGCCGUGGGGAGUUAACUCCAACACAGUGUAGUAGGCUGUGGUGCCCCCUGGGGUCCCCCCCCCCCGGGUGGGUGCUAGGACUGCGCCACCUAUGUGUUUCAGACCUGCCUGACACCUUUCUGGGUUAGGUUUGCCAUGGUGCAGAAGACCCCUUCUGGGGUGGUCGGAGCUCAAGCCUUGGUCUCCUCUCUGGAGCUUUGCCUCUGGCCACAGGUUCCUGUCCUUCACCUGCAGGUGAUGCAGGCCCUGGUUUCUGUGGGGAGAGGGUUUGCAGGGUGCAGCUCCGCUGCCAAGCUCUGUGCCAGGGCUUGGUUCUUCCCUACCUGUCAGUCCUGAUGGCUCUGUCUGCUUGUCUGUCUGCCCGAUGGUGUCCUGUUUGGCAGCUGUAGAGACUGCUGUCCUCAGGCCUCUGGGUCCACCCCAAGGCUGCAGGCAGCCUCUCCUCCCUGCUGGCACCCUGGUAGCUGCUGGUCCUUGAUCUUUGAUCCUCAGCAUUGAUCUCUAUCUGAAUGUUCUCCGGCCCCACAGCGGAAGUGUUUCAGCAAAGAGGACUUGCUCCUGCCUCUCGGGUCCCCAGCUGGGCUCUGCCCACCUCCUGUUCCCUGGCUUUUCAGCUGUGACGGGUCUCAGAACCUCCCAGUCGCUGAGGAGCUCCCUGGUGAGACCUGGUGAGAUGCUGCUUCUGCCUCUCUGACUAGCGUCCAUGGCCCUGGCGUGCUGCUUGGUGGAGGCCCCUUGGAGCCAAGGCUGUCUCAGCCCAGCCUCUGCUUCCACGCCCUGCUGGGGAGAGGCAGUGUCAGGGGCCAUGUGCGUGCCAGCCGGGACCACGGCGUCCUCUCCUCUGCCAGCAUCCUCGCACCUGGGCAGUGGCCGUGACCCAUGCUGCCCGCCCUCCAGAUAAGCUGGUUCUCCUGGGCAGGACCCCAGCAUGUCAUCUUCCACCAAACCCGAGGCUCCGGAGAGCGCUCCCGACCCUGCAGAGGAGCCCAAGGGACAGUCGGCUCUCGCCUGGGGCGCUCUUCUCGGUCACCGAAGCGAGAAGAUGGCCUUCACCAGGAGCGAGGGCAGCCCGGAGGAGAGCCUGCUCACUGUCACCAUCACGGAGACCACAGUCCUCGAGUCAGGCCUGGGCGUGUGGAGCCCGCGGGCCCUCAGCUACCUGUCACUCUGGUUCUUCCUCAGCUUCUGCACGCUGUUCCUCAACAAGUACAUCCUGUCCCUGCUGGAGGGCGAACCCAGCAUGCUAGGUGCCGUGCAGAUGCUAUCGACCACGGUCAUCGGGUGUGUGAAGACGUGCCUGCCCUGCUGCCUACACCAGCACAAGCCCCGGCUGGCCUACCCACCCAACUUCAUCGUGACCAUGCUCUUUGUGGGCCUGAUGAGGUUCGCAACAGUGGUUCUGGGGCUGGUCAGCCUGAAGAACGUGGCAGUUUCCUUUGCCGAGACAGUGAAGAGCUCUGCCCCAAUUUUCACCGUGAUCAUGUCUCGGAUGAUCCUGGGGGAGUACACAGGACUGCUGGUAAACCUGUCCCUCAUCCCUGUCAUGGGAGGCCUGGCCCUGUGCACAGCCACUGAGAUGAGCUUCAACAUCCUGGGCUUCUCAGCUGCAUUGUCCACCAACAUCAUGGACUGUUUGCAGAAUGUUUUUUCAAAAAAGCUCCUCAGCGGGGACAAAUACCGUUUCUCGGCCCCGGAGCUGCAGUUCUACACCAGCGCUGCUGCCGUGGCCAUGCUGAUCCCUGCCUGGAUCUUCUUCAUGGACGUGCCCAUGAUUGGGAGGAGCGGGACAAGCUUCAGCUACAGCCAGGACGUGGUGAUCCUGCUCCUGACAGAUGGUGCCCUGUUCCACCUUCAGAGUGUCACUGCAUAUGCCCUCAUGGGGAAGAUCUCCCCGGUGACAUUCAGCGUCGCCAGCACCGUGAAGCACGCCCUGUCCAUCUGGCUCAGCAUCAUCGUCUUCGGCAACAAGAUCACCAGCCUGUCAGCUGUCGGCACCAUUCUCGUGAUGGUGGGCGUCCUGCUCUACAACAAGGCCAGGCAGCACCAGCAGGAAGUCAUGCAGAGCCUGGCCACAGCCACCAGCUGGGUCCCCGAGGACGACACAGAACCAGUGGGUCCCCAGGACUCCAGACAGCAUGUUCACCCCUGAACACGGGAGGCCCCUGGCUGCCUGGGCACUGCAUGCUCCCCCUGCUGCUGCAUGGUCCCUGGGAACCAGCCAGGGCUGCCCCCUGCAUUACACAGUGGGCUGAGGGCCAGAGGCUCCAGGGACCAGCCCUCGUUGGACACAGACUCCACUGACAGCUGAGCACUGGAGGAGGGACCAGCCGGCACCCCCAGGCUGACCAGGCUACAGCUGGGCCAGACCCCACCACCUCUGAAGGGACUACUGGGCCACAUGUGCCCGGGCUCCAGUGCCAACACGAGCUUCUCCCUGCCUGGUGCCAACAGAGACCUCAGCUCCCACACCAGCCACCACAGGCACCGAAGCUGCCUGGUCCCCAGCCAUCCACAGACCAUCCCAGGUGCCAGACCUGGGCAUCAAGGCCACAGGAGCCUGCAAAACACAGAGCAGGCGGACAGGUCCCUAAGCAGAGGUCUCAGCUGCUGAGAGGGGGCUAGACUCCUCUCGCUGCUUCAGAGCUGUCCUCAUGGAGGGCCCUAUGGCUGCCAUUUGACCCCAUAGCCACAACAUCAUGUGACAGGGAUUGUCCACUGAAUUGCUCUGUGAGGGGAAAAGCCACCCGUCACAGCCUGGCACCGUGCCCCUCACCUUGGGGGUGGUUGUUCAUUCUGGAGGCUGAGGACAGAUCUCUUUGGGGGUUAGCUCCAUUCACAUCUCAGACUCAUGUGUGUGAAGCAGGCUGUACUGAGGUCCCUGAUCUCCUGCUGGACCGCCCUGCUGGAGUCCGCGGGGGGCAGCUGAGCAGGGGAGCCCUUGCAGAGCACUUAGCACUCAGGUUAUGCUGUGUGACACUCGACUUUCCAACCAAGCUGCAGCCACAUGGCUUGUGGACCUGGUGUGUCAGGUGGCCAUGUCCAGGCACACGGCCAUGGCUGCCCCCGAGGGACCACGAUAUGGUAGCACCCCAGCCACUGGGCGGACUGAGUCUCAACUGGGUACUAGAGCUGCAGUCAGGCUGGCACUGGCUCUGCCCUUCGUCCUGCUGGAGUCUGACCUGGGUGCAUGCACUCUUUGGCCAGCCAGUGUGAAACCUCUGUGCCCUGAGCUUGGGCUUGUGGGCUGCAGCCACUGGCACCCACUGUUCCCGGGCUUAUCCCCCCACCACUCGUCAGGUUAGGGGCAACCAUCAUCAGCUCACUGGUAUUCCAGUUGUUUUCUCAGCUGGGGAAUAGGAAAACAGUUCCUCCCAGAAGUAAACUCCCAGAAACAAAGAGCAAUAAUUAUGCCUCAUUUCUUUCCACCUACUUGAAAAGGUUUUUCAUGAUGAUGGAUCAAAAUGAGGUCUUUUAAUCCACAUGCCGCCUUUUUAAAGAAGCCGGCCUGUGUGUGAGGAUGGGCCAGCUGUGUGCUCCUGCACGCAGGGUCACUUCCACUGUGAAGAUAUUUUCCUGUGUGAUUCUGCCCAGGUUUCUGUUUCUUUCCUCUUCUGCUUUCCCCCAAAACUGAAGAAAAAGAGGUGGAGGUGGCAUUUGAGUGGUGCUGUUGGAUUGAUCUGCACCAAGGCCUGGUCCACUCCCAAGCUCAUGCUACCAAGCUCUGACAGAGUGAGGGGCAGACACUUUUGAGUUUGCUGAGAGGUCCAGGCGCCUGGCUUCCGAGUAUUGUUUGGAAUUUCUGGUGCGCUAUCUCCUGUGGAAUUAGGAAGUUGCCUGUUGUGACUCACCCCUCCCCUCCUGCUUCAAAGCAGCGCUCGGCUUGUUUUGAUUUCCUUAAAUCACUAGCAAGCAAGGCAGUUCCUGUAACGAUGCUUUGGAAACCUCCAUGCAUCCUGGGCAGGAAGAUGGUGGAAGCCUAGCUUGGCCAACACCAAGCCCUCACCCACGCCCACCUUCCUUCCCGUCUUGCACCAACCCCUACUUCUCCUGGCACUUCUAGGACAUACCCAAGGCCUGGCUUAGCCCUGUGCUGACGAUUCUCUCUUAUUAUGUCUGUCUAGUCUUUUAUGGAACCAUGACAGAUGUGGUGUGGGAGCCCAGGUGCUGGACCACUGCUGGGCUGGUAACUCCUCCUGUGGCCUUGGUCUGUGCCUUGUAAACAGCAUACCAACCAGACCUUCCCAGUGGGGUGUCUGCUUCUUCCUUAACCCAUACUUAGAUGUGUUUAGAUUUCAAAUUUUGAAACGACUUCCGUGGGGGCUGGGGAGUAACUCGGUGGUCGACCACUUGUCUAGAGUAUGCAAGGCCCUGGGUUCCAUCCAGAGCACCACAAGGUAAAAAUGAAAACCUCCACUACUAACUGCAUAAAAUGCUUUUUAAAAAAUCUGAUAGUCAUAAUUUUCUGUAUAUCAGCAUUAAGAGUCUGCCUGCUGGGAAGUUGAGAACACUCUUGCACAAUUCAAAAUGUGUCUUUAAUUUUUGAAAAAUGAACAGUGAGUCAGACAGUUUUUAAAAAUGCUACAUAAAGAAAUCAGCAAAAUAGAGCUGCUUUGUAGCAUGUCUUAAAAUGCUUGUCAGAAACUUGUGGGCUUAUCUUCCCUGUGAAUGACCACUAAAACGGGUCAGUGGACAGCAGAGGCAUAGUGGCUUUUAUACCUGUCCAAGUGAUGGGCUUGUGUGUUUUGUUUAGGUGCUGGGGCACUCCAUCACCAAGCUACAUCCCAGCCCUUUUUAUUUUUUAUUUUGAGUCACUAAAUCACCCAAGCUAGCCUCAAACUUGCCAUCCUCUUGCCUCAGCCUGCUGAGUUGCUGUGGUCACAGGUGUGUGCUACUGUGCCCAGCUCCAAGCAUUGUGCUUUCUAAGGUCUGGAAGUAUUUACACUGUUACCCUGGGUUGGAAAAAGUAAGCACCUAUGUUAUAGACAGAAAUCAAUUUUUUAAAUUUUUUUUUGUAGUUGUAGAUAGACAGAAUGCCUUUACUUUUUUUUUUUUUUUUUUUUAACGUGGUGCUGAGGAUUGAACCCAGUGCCUCAGGCAUGCUAGGCAAGCACUUUGCCACUAAGCUACAGCCCCAGUCCCAAUUUUUUGUGGGGGUGGGGCUUUCUACCAAGGGCUUCAUUCCUUCUUAAAAUAUGUUCACUGUCUGGUUGGAACUUCUUUUAUGUGGGAUCAAACCCAGAGCCUAGCUCAUGGUAAGCAAGUGCUCUACCACAGGGCUACGCCCUUCACCUAUUAAAUUGAAAAAUGAGAACAUCCCAGCUUUCCUGAUGAACAUCCCUGCUCCUCUGCCCUGUCUAAGGAACCAAGAGCAGAUCCUUCAGGUCAUGCUGAUUGUGAGUUGCUGCUAACUGCAACUCAGUACAGAAAACUUCAACUUCACACUCUGGGAUAUUUCUCUCUGUUUUGCUGGGGUUCUUGAUUCUGGGUUUGGUAGUUGCUGGACCAUUACUCAGACAUCCAAAUUCAGUUUGAAAAGUCUUUUGUUUUCAUUUCUGGAAAAGUGCAUUCAGCUCAUUUGCAAUUUCUAAACUAUUUGCAGACAUAUGCUCCUGCCUUCAGGGUAUUGUAGACUCCAUCCCAGAGGACUUCAAUAGGGUGACAUUCACAUUCCCACGCUGAAAAACUUGAUAAUCAUAUCAGUAAUUGCCUGCAUCAGAGCCAAAUUACAUUUGCUUUAUACCAAACAAGACUGUGGAGAACUAUCAUACAAAACGUUUAUGCUGUUUUGUGUGUCACCUAUUUCAGUAUUUAUGUGACUAGAUUAAUGCUUUCAAAAAUUUUGGUUCUCUUAAAUAACUUAGGUGAAUCCCUAUUAAUUCCACUCUGGUAAUAAAUUGGUACUGUGUAAUUAAUCCUG